ACCAGCAGUCGCCGUCGAAGUGAGGAGAAACAAAAAAACGACGAAGGCACAAACAUGAAUGACUACGAAAACGACGAGUGAAGGAGGUACGGAUCAAGCCUCUGGAAUCGACAAACAAAUCGACGGAAGGCGCCACCCAGAACCAGCAACAAGGCAGCAGGCAGGCGGAAGGGGUAAAAGUAAAACGACCAUCCCGCAAACCGCAAGUACUGUGUUUGCUGUGAAAUGCUAAAUGCAAACAAGUAAUGGUAGCAGCAGAGGCGACGGAAAUCCUGCCUGCUAGAUUGGAUGUGAAGUGUGUAAUAAGUGUUUGUUUCCUUGCAAGUGCAAAAGGCUGCUGCGUAAAGAGUGCGUAAGGUUGCCUUCAUUACCGCCGCUGCCGCCGCCGUCGCGACCUUCAUGAACUUGUACGGCGAAGAAAAAAAAGAAACUAUGCGUUUUUCUUUUGUAUACGGAAGGUUACGCCAACACGUAGAUACCGCAAUCGGCAUUUGGUAGUUGCAGGCGGCGGGACAGAUGACAAUCGAAUGUCCCAGAAGGCAAAUUUUUUGGUAGGCAAAAAAGAAGAGCGACAAACGAAAACAAUACUGUGCCGCCCCUUUAAUGCAUCUGUGUCAAUCGAUGCAUCUGAAAAGGUCCUGAGAAAUGGUGCAAAAAAGUGCGUACCUCCAUUCGUUAUCUCAGUUAUGCAGCCAGUGUCUAAUUGAUUUUUAACGUUAGAGGGAAGGAAGUGGUCGAAGAAGGAAGGAACAUCCGCCCUAGAAGAGGGCAAAACUUCACCGUUCAGUGAAUUCCCGAACAGGCUGGUUCUGAUCGGUUGUAAAAGUUUAUAGGCAUAAUGGAAUUCUUUAGUGUACUACAACAACAUUGAAAACAUAGGCACGGUACGCCAAUCCUCGCCUCUUUAAUUUGCCUCGUACAGUCACACUCGACCAAGGCAUCAUUCUGUAUGCAAUCGAAUUAAUGGACUGGAAGGAAGGGCAUCAUAAUAAAGGAGGAAAGUGGGGAUAGUGGAAGCAAAGCGCAGGGCGUAACAAUGAUUCAUCAGCAGCGCGAUAAUCAAAGCAAUCGUUGCAUCGAUUGACAACAAGACGGAAAGGGGCGACAGUAGGAAAAAAAAAUCGGAGACAAGGCAUUUAUAUGGUCAGGAGGGCGGAAGGUCUCCUUUGCUAGAGCAGGUAAAACGGCCGCCUAUUCCCCGGGGAAAGGAGCAUAAUGUUGUAAAAAGCCCUAAGGAACGCAGGCUAGCAGGCAUAGAAAUCGGCAAAAUUUUCCCGUCUCGAUGUGGUGUGGGAAGCAGACGUCGCGCCGACACAGACGGGGAAAGGGCAAUAUUGGGCGCUGGCACCAGGCGUCGUACCCGUAAUAGUGUGUGUACAUUGUUGAGCGUGUGUGUCGUGAACGAACAAUUAUCGACAAAGUGGAAGCGACGGCUGAACGCAUCGAAUGGAUUUACAUGAUACGGCACAAGCAGCAGCAGCAGCAGCAGCAGGGGCAUCAUCAUCAUCAACGGAGUCCAGUUUGUUGACGGCGGCAAGGGCCCGCGAAGGCAGUAAUCAAGGUUCUGGUUUUCCGACCGAAGGCGGUACCUUCGAUUGUGGCGACAGCAGUAGUGCUAAUCGCAGUAGGCUGGAGCAGCAGCAGCAUUACGAAUCGAACGAGUCCCACUAUCGGCGGAUUCGCAGUCCGGCACGUCAUCCACAAAGGCAGCAACGGCUCGGCAGCAACGACAGCAGUGGUGGUGGGGGUGGUGGAGGUUCCGGUGGAAGCAGACGAGAUAAGCACAGCAGAGAGAGGGCACGCGAGGGCAGUAUAACGACGGGGUCCGGGGGACCGCUGGAAAUGACUACAGCGACGAUGGAAAUGACGCUUACGACGGCAACAACAACAGCACCUGCGACGGGCAACACUUCCUCCUCUACUGCCAGUACGACGGUGGCCGGUGGCGGUGGUGGAAGUGGAGUUGGCUUUAGUGUAGGUAGUCUCGAGGAAAUGAUGCGGGGCACAAUGGCGGUGGACUACGGCAAUCUAUCCGGUGUUGGACCAUUGUUGGAGGAGGUGGACGGUAAUUUGACGACUAUUUCGCAGCACAGCAAUGAUUCGAUCGAGCGCACGAUGGUCCCGGGAGCGGUGGGCCAAACGUCCUCGCAAGCGCCCCAUCACAAAGGACACUCGCGGGGGAGCAGUGCACCGUUGGCGUACGAUCGAAUCACAACCAAAAUUGCAUGCACCAAGGAGAUGAUUCGCAAGGAGCAGGAAGCGCGCGAUUCGAACGUCAACGAGUAUCUUAAGAUGGCGGCGAACGCGGACAAGCAGCAAUUGCAGCGAAUGAAAGCGGUGUUCGAGAAGAAAAACCAGAAGAGCGCCAACAACAUCUCACAGCUGCAGAAAAAGCUCGAGUCUUACAACAAACGGUAUAAAGACAUGCAGCAGACGCAGCAAAAACAGCAAGCCCAGCAGGCGCAGCAGGCACAGCAACAGCAGCAAUCGCAGUUGCAGCAGGCUGCGGCUGCCGCUGGUCUAUUGCUACAGCAACAGCAACAGCAACAACAGCAGCACCAGGCCGCACUAUCGCAGCCCGGUGGUGGUAGCCAAACGCUGCCAUCAAACAUUCAGCACCUGGUAGCUGCAACCGGGCAGCAGCAGAGUUUUCUUCAGCCACGAGAGAUGCUGCGCGACGUCGGCCAGGGUUUGCGGAACGUUGGGGGCAACAUACGGCAUGGCGUGACCGGCCUGUCGGCAACUGUGAUAUCGAAACCGCGCAAAUUCGCCCACCUCAUACGGAACAAGUUUGGCAGUGCAGACAACAUUAACCAGCUCACGUCCACCUGGUACACUGGCAGUGCGGCCGAGGGAGACAUUUCCGGUAUAGAUGUUUCCGCCAGCACCGAGAUGGGCCAGCAGACAACGCCCAACUCUAGCGCUGCCGGUGGACAUCACAGUCAUCAUCCACACAACGCCAGCACCAGCGACAGCGAAGGUCGCCGAGGGAUGGCGCAAGGGCAGCAGCACCAGCACCAUCACCAGCAGCUGCACGGGGUGGCAUCGGGUGGACACAGGCACCAUGCCCCAGGUCCCGGCGGGAAGUAUAGCGAGCAUGACAGUGAGUGCAGCAGUGUCACGAGCGAUAGCAUACCGCUCGGCUCGGACAAACACCGGCUCAGCUGCAGUCAGCGUUGCGUCAAUUACAAAGCCCUCGCCGAGCUGCGCGAGGAGUACCAGAAGCAGAAGGAACGGCUCGAUCGUGCCGAGCUGAUCCAGAAGGACGUGACGGAGCUGUCCAUGGCACUCGAGAAUGAACGGUACCGUGCGGAUCGACUGGAGGAGCAAAUAAACGAUCUAUCCGAGCUUCACCAGAACGAGCGGGAAAACCUGAAGCAAGCCAUCGCCGACCUGGAGGAGAAGGUGCAGUACCAGAGCGACGAGCGGUUGCGAGACGUGAACGAAAUCCUGGAGAACUGCCAGACACGCAUCUCCAAGAUGGAGCAGCUCUCGCAGCAGCAGUACGUGACGGUGGAGGGGAUCUACAACUCGAACGCUCGGGCCGUGGUCGUGAAGCUGAUCAACGUCGUGCUGACCGUGUUGCAGGUGGUCCUGCUCCUGGUGGCGACGGUGGCCGGGAUUAUUGUGCCAUUUCUCAAGACGCGCCUGCGUGUCCUCACGACCCUACUCUGCACGCUCGCAUUGAUCGCCAUCGUACGCCAGUGGCCGGACGUGCGGGAUACCGGCGUUCAUCUGAUUCGAAUAUUGCGCAGCCAGGUUAUCAACGAUGCGGUUUAAGGAUGCCCGACCGAUCCCCGACCGUCGUUAGUGUUGUAGGCAAGUGAAAAAAAACCAAGGUGGCGAGGGUGCUCAGGAGGUGCUGGAUGCUCAUCAGUAGUAGUGUACGAUCGGUCACGGACCAGUAGGACACAAUAAAGCGUAUUUUGCUCAAAAUUAAAUAGACGAAAGCCACCAACCAUAGAGCCGCGAAUUAGUUGAUACCCAUAUUGGCAUUUGUUAGUUGAACGAGAAUCCAUCCACCAUGUAAGAGUCAUACACAAACGUUGUACCGAAGAUAACGGGUGCAAGAUACCAACCGGUAUCAAAUUGGUUGAGUAAUCACCACAAACAAAACAACAACUAAAAAAAAAUAUUGGCCAUUGAGCGAUGCUUUAGGUAGCGCCGCGUAUUCGUUGUAUAUGUAGUAACUGCCGAAACUUGCAUAUUGUUAGACCGGACACUUUUCGUAGAAAGUUAAAGUGAGGGAAAAUAAGGACUAGAAUCCGUUCCAACCCGACGUCUGUCCCACGUCUGUUUCAACUCUGGUUAUUAAAUGGCAGCUUUUAUUCUCACAACAGCGUAACACGUAAGGGGAAAAGGUUAGGUAAAUAGGUAUUUGGUAAUAGGAACCAUUUCCCAUCCCCAACCUUUCGGUGAGUCUAAGCAAUUCACCCUAUUUAAUCAGAAGGUAAAAAAGAAGAAACGAAACGUAAUCACGAACGCUAUCUUUUCGAUAAGGAUCGAUUGAUCAGUCAGCAGCACUGUCAGAAGACCGUUUUUUUUUUGGCAAUGGUGCAAUAAUUUAUAUCUUCCCCUCCCUCUUUCUCUCUCUUUCUCUCUUUGUCGUUCUGCUUUACCCUUGCAGAUUAAUGAAACCCUACUUCUAGUGACGAAUUCGAUGUGAUUUGUGAGAAUUUGUGCAGGGAGACAUCAGAAGCAAUCGUUCAUUAGAAACCUCUAGUUGACGUUUUAGAGUAGUGUGCUCCGGGUGCAAGCUAAUUGGAAUGUUAACAAGCGCAAUCACGGCAGCGAUAACGCGAGAAAAAAACCAAACACAACAUAAGGGCACACCGAUAUCUAACGUCCUCUCCUCUCCGUACCCCUAGGCCACUAGGUAGGUGUGCCUGUUUUUGCCGAUUGCACAGCAGAUGCUUUUUAAGCUAGAUUUUGCGUAAGCCACAACAGUAGCAAAAUGCGUCAACUAUAAACCAUUACACACUGCACCGCGUUAAUCAUUAGUAGGGCGAAACAAUGUUGAAAACCGAGAAAAACACCGCUUAUCGGUCGUUGUUAUACGAUAAAUAUUAUACAUAGAUAUAUAUGUUCGUCUACUAUAUUAGGCUUCAUCUUUGAUUUCUUCUAUCGAUGGAAGCAAUACUAAGUUAUUAUACGAGCGAGCGCAAUAAGAAAUUUAUAAACGUAACGAAAACAGCAACAAUGUGUGAAACAUAAUGUGGUAAAAAGCUAUGGGACAAAUGGACUUGGGGAGGGUUAUAUAACUGUAGGCAUACAUAAUAGCGUGAUCGGGAGGGUUUUGAGGAGCAGGGAAACAUUAUGGGCUGAUUUAAAAAAAGGUACGGUGAAAAGGUUAAGAAAACUAAAAUUAGUAGGGAAAUGCUGAGAUCGGGUGGGCGCGCAACAGUAGCGUAGCAGCUCUAGGCAUUGUUGUAGCAAAGUUAAAAUCCCUGUAAAAUCCAGCCUAUUACACACACACUACCCGAUAAAACCACAAUCCUAGGACGAUGGAAAUCGAAAAACAAACGAAUGUUUAAAACACCUAUCCGAGACGAAACCGAUUUACAAAAAGAAAAAGAACAGAAAACAAGCCAAGACAAAAGGAUGCUGCUGGCAAACGAAACGAUGGGUAAAAAGGAUCGAUACACAAUUCUGCAGUCGAAGCAAAUUUGCGAAAUAUAAAAUAAUAUUUCAAUUUCAAUGUUCAAUCUACAAGCAACCGUGUGUUAGUAAUCAAUCAAUAUGGGUGAUAUUUCCGAUUUAAGAGAAGAAAAAAAAAACUUUGCCCGAAGUGAGGGGGCAUAGGUCGGUUGAUAGGACAUUCGACAUAAAUUAGACACAACACCAGCAUUACCAAAUGC